CGAAUCGUCACGUGGGCAUCUCCUUGAGCGCAAACUGUAAUCGAUAGGGAUUGUAGCGUACUCACACAAACACGGAGCCUUGUUUUGGUUUACAGCUACUGGAUUUAUUAACAAAGUGGAGAAGAGAACUUUACAUUCAUCGGCUUCGUAUCACAUUGGACUCUAACAUAUUUUGAAAAGAUAAUAGAAUGCAUUGAUACAUGUUUUAUUUUUAUGGGUUGCACUUUUGCAAACAGGGCUAUCGACGGGACAAGCCUGCCUUGGUGGUUACCGAGCAUGCGAAAUGGGGUCAUAUGCUGACGGGGCUUGUUUUGAACUCCGGACUGAAGUGAGUUUUCCCAUAUUUUGGUAGGCAACUUUUUGUCAUCAUAAUGAAAGGACAAAUUCAUAAAGAGUAUAUUAUUUUACGUUCUUAGGGAGAAAAUGUAGCAUACUGCUUAGAAAUUCCACUGCAGCACCAACAGUUUGACAGCAUUUAUUGGUUUAGCGCCGUUAGUUUAGCUAAUUGAGACGUAUGCCAUAGCAUAUUCAUAAUUAAUAUCCACACUAACUCGUUUUCAAUGGCUAUAUUAGGAUCUAAAUACCCUCAUAUUUUUUGCUUUUUUAUUUCAAUAAGAACAGUUGUAUUUUUAAAUACAAGUACUAUUUAAAAUUCCAAAAUGGCUAGCCCAACUACAGAGGAGCAGGGUUGUUUUUCAGAUGUAAGAAAGGUGGGUUAUUUAAGGAAACCUAAAAGCAUGCACAAGAGGUUUUUUGUCCUGCGGGCUGCUAGUGCUGCAGGACCCUCCAGGUUGGAGUACUACGAAAAUGAAAAAAAAUGGAGACACAAGUCCGGGCUGCCUAAAAGGUCAAUCCUACUGGAGAGCUGCUUCAACAUAAAUAAAAGGACAGAUUCCAAAAACAAAUACCUGGUGGCUCUUUACACCAAGGAUGAGUAUUUCUCUAUUGCAGCGGACAGUGAGCAGGAACAAGACAGGUGGCACCAAGCGCUAGUGGACCUACACAACAAAGGUAAAGUUCAUGAUGCUGCUGUUGGUGGCAGUGGGAUGGCAGAGGAGAAUUAUGGAGAAGAAACCAUGCCAGGACCUGCCUUUAAAGAAGUCUGGCAAGUUAUUUUGAAACCAAAGGGCUUGGGACACACCAAAAAUUUUAUUGGGAUUUACAGAUUGUGCCUAACAAAUAAAACCAUCAGCUUUGUGAAAUUGAACUCGGACGCAGCGGCGGUCGUCCUGCAAUUAAUGAAUAUACGGAGAUGCGGUCAUUCAGAGAAUUUCUUUUUCAUUGAAGUGGGAAGAUCCGCAGUCACAGGACCGGGGGAAUUUUGGAUGCAAGUGGACGACUCUGUUGUUGCUCAAAAUAUGCAUGAAACCAUCCUGGAGGCGAUGAAAGCGAUGAGUGAGGAAUUUCGUCCCCGGAGCAAAAGCCAUUCCUCGUCAAACUGCUCCAACCCAAUCUCUGUGCCUUUGAGAAGGCAUCACCACAACAACCUGCCACCUAGCCAAGUGGGACUGGGAAGGAGGUCCCGGACUGAGAGUGUGACGGCCACCUCGCCUGCUGGCCCGGGAAAGCACAGUCAUUCAUUCAGAAUGAGGGCCUCUAGUGAUGGGGAAGGAACCAUGUCCAGACCUGCCUCAGUGGAUGGGAGCCCCUGUGCUGCCAGGACACAAUCUCACAGACACAGAGGGGCCUCCCGCCUCCACCCUCCCCUCAACCACAGCAGGUCUAUCCCCAUGCCCUCUUCGUGCUGCUCCCCCUCAGCAAUCAGCCCAGUUAGCCUGUCCUCCAGCAGUACGAGCGGGCACGGCUCCACUUCAGACUGUCUCUACCCCUGCCGCUCCAGUGCCUCCAUAUCUGGCUCUCCUAUUGACGGGGGAUUCAUUUCCUCUGAUGAGUAUGGAUCCAGCCCCUGUGACUUCAGGAGCUCCUUCCGCAGUGUCACACCUGACUCCUUGGGUCACACACCGCCCGCCAGGGAGGAAGAACUCAACAACUACAUCUGCAUGGCAAAGCCUGCAACUCUUCUGAGGGGCCACUGUGGCUGCAGCCCCCACCCCCAUGGUACGCCAUCCCACCUGGACGAGCCUGAGCUGGAGAAGUGCUUCAGGAAACGGACACACUCCUCGAGCACAUCUCCCCUGACAGUGUGCCACCAGAAGGCCCCCUCUCAGUCCUCCACAGUAUCGCUGGAGGAGUACACAGUAAUGCAGCCUGCAUACUCGUCAUGCAGCCGAGCAUCCAGCUACAGGCACUCUGCCUUCAUGCCCACACACUCAUUCCCAGAGGAGGGCAUAGACAUCCCCUUAGAGGGCAACAGGGUGAGCCAAAAAGAUGAUGGCUACAUGCCCAUGACCCCAGGUGUGGCACCUGCCACAGGUAAAAGUGCCGACUACAUGCCCAUGAGCCCCAAAAGUGUGUCGGUGCCACAGCAGAUUAACUCCCACCAGCACCCCAAAAUGGACUCCAAUGGGUACAUGAUGAUGUCACCCAGCGGGAGCUGCUCACCAGACACCACAAACUACGGUCAAAUCUGGACCAAUGGGGUCAACCCUAAACUGUCUGUCGAGAGCACAGAGGAGAAAUUGUUGUCGCAUGGGGAUUACAUGAACAUGUCACCGGCGAGCUGCUCCAUGACUAGCACACCGCCAGACUGCUACAUCAACCUGGUAGAGGAUCCACCCAAGUCCAUAUACGCCUACUUUUCCUUGCCUCGCUGUUUUGAACACAGCCACAGGAAGCUGGACCAGAACCCCCUGCACCUUUCGCUCAGCUCUGGACACCUGGCCUUCAGGGACUCUUUAGCCUCCUCCACGAGCAGCGACAGUCUGAUGGGACAGGGCUACAGUAGUCAGCCCCUGGUCAAGUCCAAGAGAGCUGAUGUGGACAGCAGGCUGGCCAGGCCCACGCGCCUCUCUCUGGAGGGCAACAAAGCCAGCACCCUGCCUCGCACCCAUGAGUGCCCCUUCCCUACAGAUCCCAAAAGCCCCGGGGAGUAUGUCAACAUAGAGUUCAACGACAAGGCCUUCUCAGCUGGCUUGGCCACUCACUUCUCCCCUGUGUUCCCAGGGAGUGGCCCAGAGAAGCCAGCAGAGAUUUCCUCAGACUACAUGAACAUGCACCUGGGUGCUCAGGGCAGGGGCAUUCCCAACUGGGAAGCCAAACCCCUAGCCUCCUGCACAGAUUGCUAUGCUAUAGUGGCACCUGUGGCUCCCUCCUCCUCUGUAAUCCCCUGUGAGAACCUCUGUAGACGGGACUACAGCAGCACACAGACGGACUACUCUGACACGCACAUGAUUCUGAACGCUCCGAUGUCGACCAUUGAUGUCAUCCCCUUCUCUGUGUCCCCUCCAAGCCAGGACCUGUCUGUGCUUGGUGCGGGUCCCAGUGCCGUGCCCUUAGGACUAAUGGGCCCUCUCUCUGAGCUGAGUGCUUUCACCAGGGUUAACUCCAGUUUUAUCUGGAACCAGGGAGCUAAAUUGAUCCGUGCCGACCAGCAGGGCCGGCGCCGGCACAGCUCAGAGACCUUCUCCUCCACAGGAGUCCCGGUCAGCGCCGCCGCGCCCUCCGUGGAGGAAGUGAAACGUCACAGCUCCGCCUCUUUCGAGAAUGUGUGGCUGAAGCCGGGAGAAUUGCCAUUAUCUGCCAACGGGAGGAGAGAAAGCCCAUCGGGGCCCAGCUCUAACGGACAGAACCAGAACAGGCUGAACUACAUCGACCUGGACCUGGCUCAGGACCAGAACCUCCCAGAGUGGAGUUCCCUCCCGGCCAGAGCCAUGGACACGCAAGGUGGGAGUGCCCCAGAGGACCUGCGCGCCUAUGCCAGCAUUAGUUUUCAGAAAGCAGGCGAGUCGAGGAUGAACCCCGCUCACAGAGAAGACCCAGACAGCCCAGGAAAGUUGAGGGAGGGAGAGAGACUGUCUGGGUGCACACUGUUCCUGAAUGAAGAUGGGUGCUCUCCAGUGAAUUUAGACUUCCUUGUCAUAGAACAGACAUCAUAGAAUGGACCUCACAGAUUCACAACCAGACCUCACCAGUCAGGCCCCGCAAACCUGACUGGACAAAACUAUUACUGGACAUUACAAUCCAGACCUCAUAAUCUGGAUUUCACAAUCCUUACUUCUUCAUCUGGAUUUUGCAAUCCAGACCUCACAGCUUGGACAUUGUAAACCAAACCUCAUAAUCCAUAAUCUGGACCUCACAACCCGGACCUGCAGUGUUGAUGCUGUAACCCAGGUCCUCCUCUUAGCACCGGUAUGGUACUACUCAACGGUUCUCAACCGCACCACUUCCUCAGGCAACAAAGCGGCAAACCUGCCCAGUCUCACCUGAGGACUGCCCAGUCUCAAACCUGCCCAGUCCCCCACGUCAUAUUUCAAUUUUCUUCACUUAUUGGCUUUUUGUUGCUUUUGUUUCUUACAUUUACAUUUUGGCCAGUUUGGCUUCCAGGCCAGUGUCCCCUCCACACAACUCAGAUGCUCCCACAUCAUACCAAGCCUCCAAAUGGCUACAGUAGUCACUAGUGUUACUUGAACUUUGUCUUCUGUUACAUGCUACUGGGUCCUUCCAUGUCCCUGUCAGCAACAAAUUGUGCUUCAUUCUAGUAGUUUGUAAAUAGGUUCUCUAGAGGAUCCUCUUAAAUAAUGUGGUACAUGAUAUAUAUAGACACAAUGUCAAUAGUGUUGUAUCAUCUAAACAUCCAGUCAGGCAGGAAUAGUCCCAUAUCUGAGCUGUUGGUACUAAUACUGACACUGUCUAGCUGAAACCCGUAAUGGCUUUCACAGAUCUAAUGGCAGAGCAACUCUGUUGCUGUGGAUUUCUAACAUUUCUAUUUCUAUGGUACAGCAUUGUCACCAAGUACAGUGCCUUGCGAAAGUAUUCGGCCCCCUUGAACUUUGCGACCUUUUGCCACAUUUCAGGCUUCAAA